UCAUGUCUGGGCGGGUCUGGUGUCAACAGCUGAACAGCAGGAAGAAGAAGUCACUGGUUGGAGCUUCAGCAGCUUAAGACAGCUCUGCCGUCAUGGCUGCUUUAACAUCUGCGCCACUCUGGCUGUUCGCAUGUUCAUGGAUCAUUGUUCACUGUGAAGACACAAAGGAGGUAACAGUGAAGCCUGGGGAGGACGUCCCUCUUCAGUGUCGGGGUCCCAGAGGUGCCAACAUCACACUGAUAGAGUGGAGCAGACCUGACCUGGGGUCAGAUCAAUAUGUCUUCCUCUUCAGAGACGGCCAUCUAAAUGAAAACUACCUGCUUCCAUCUUUCCGCGGUCGAGUGGAGCUGAGAGAUCCAGAGAUGAAGGACGGAGACACUUCUGUUGUCCUGAAGAACGUCAUCACCAACGACACUGGAACAUAUGAGUGUCAAGUUUCAGCUGACAGCAACAGACGCAGGAAGAGAGCCAUUGAGACCUUCAGCAUCAUCACCCUGACAGUGACAGACCCAGACCCAGACCCACACUCAGACCCAGACCCAGGUCAAGGAAGAGUUGGAGCUGGUGUGCCAGUUGCUGUGCUUCUUCUUGUCGUUGGUGUCGUUGGUGUCGUUGGUGUUGUUGGUUUGGUGAUCUUUAGAAAACGUAGAGGACGCACAGAGAAGAACUCACACCAAGAUGAUGAGACAGAAAGUGUCUUUCAGCUGGAGUGAAAGGUCUCAGAUCUCUUUUCCUCGUGAAUCUUUGUGUCCUGCUGCGAAGAUGAAAAUAAAAAGUUUCCACUUGCAGCGCUGAACAUUUCUGAUUGGCCGAGCACUUUAUGACUCUUCUCAGGGUGUUGUAUCAGACUGCUCUCUGUGUUCACUUCAUGUAUCACAUGUUUCAGUUUAUUGUUCUGCUUUCAGACGCUGUUUUCAAUGUUUCUUUGUUUUUAACUCUUUUCAUAAUAAUAAUGUAGCUGGUGAGAAGUUUGUACAAGUAAAACAUUCAGUGAUAUAAGGAACAUUUGCUUCAACAAGUUCAACUCUGUGAUCAGAUUUC